CUCUCUGCCUUCCCCCGCCUCUCCCCUCCCGGGCGUGUGGGAGUCGGUCUGUCUGCCCAGGGUAAUGCGCAAAGCAGGGCCAGCGCUGCCGGAGCCGAGGAGGCAGAGUAGCAAGGGGGAGGACCUGGAGCCGCGGCGCGGGCAGCAGUUGUCUUUUCACCGCUGAACGGGCUGCCAGCUUGUAGUCGGCGGCGAAGGUACAGAGAGGGCCAGGGAGGGUCGCAGGCGGAGGCCGGAGAGGUGAGAAGCAGCUUCCGCGAGGCGGAAGUGUGUGCGCCUAGGCUGUUACGGCUGUAUUUCCUGAGAGAUGUUGUGACGGACCCGCUCUUGAGGACCUCGCGCUCUGUCUCGAGCCCAGUGCAUUCGCGGCCGGGGCUGCUCGGCCACCGGCUCUUCUCAGUGAAAGUAUGCGAGACUUAACAGCCCAAGUGACUAGUGGUCUCCUGCAGUUCCCAGAAGUAACUAUUCAAGCCCUUGGAGAAGAUGAAAUAACAUUAGAAUCUGUGCUUCGUGGAAAGUUUGCUGCAGGGAAAAAUGGACUUGCUUGUUUGGCUUGUGGUCCACAACUUGAAGUAGUAAACUCUGUGACAGGAGAACGAUUGUCUGCAUAUAGAUUCAGUGGAGUAAAUGAACAGCCUCCUAUAGUCCUAGCAGUGAAAGAAUUCUCUUGGCAGAAAAGAACUGGAUUGUUAAUUGGAUUGGAAGAAGCAGAAGGGAGUGUUCUCUGUCUUUAUGACCUUGGUAUAUCAAGAGUGGUUAAAGCAGUUGUACUUCCUGGAAGGGUAACAGCUAUUGAGCCUAUAAUUAAUCAUGGUGGAGCCAGUGCAAGCACUCAGCAUUUGCACCCAAGUCUGCGAUGGCUUUUUGGUGUGGCAGCUGUGGUAACUGAUGUUGGACAGAUCCUUCUUAUUGACCUGUGUUUGGAUGACUUGUCAUGCAGUCAGAAUGAAGUAGAGGCUUCUGACCUUGAAGUUAUAACUGGUAUCCCAGUUGAAGUACCACACAUCAGAGAAAGUGUGAUGCGAGAAGGACGUCAUCUGUGUUUCCAGUUAGUAAGUCCAUCAGGAACAGCCGUUUCAACUCUUAGUUACAUAAGCAGGACAAAUCACCUUGCGGUUGGUUUUUCUGAUGGCUUUCUAGCACUUUGGAAUAUGAAAAGUCUGAAAAGAGAAUAUUAUACACAACUAGAAGGUGGAAGAGUUCCUGUAUAUGCUGUUACUUUUCAAGAACCUGAGAAUGAUCCUCGUAAUUGCUGUUACUUGUGGGUUGUUCAGUCUACACAAGAUAGUGAAGGGGAUGUUUUGAGUUUGCAUCUGCUUCAGCUGGCCUUUGGUGAUAGAAAGUGUUUGGCAUCAGGACAAAUCUUAUAUGAGGGAUUAGAGUACUGUGAAGAAAGAUAUACACUGGACCUUACAGGUGGCAUGUUUCCUUUGAGGGGACAGACUAGUAAUACCAAACUUUUGGGAUGCCAGAGUAUAGAGAAAUUUCGAUCUCAUGGUGACAGGGAGGAAGGCAUGAAUGAAGCUCUAUCUCCUGACACCAGUGUUUCAGUCUUUACCUGGCAGGUGAAUAUAUAUGGACAGGGAAAGCCUUCUGUAUAUUUGGGGCUUUUUGACAUAAAUCGUUGGUAUCAUGCACAAAUGCCAGAUUCCUUAAGAUCAGGAGAAUAUCUACAUAAUUGCUCUUAUUUUGCACUGUGGUCAUUGGAUUCUGUUGUAAGUAGGACUUCUCCACAUUACAUCUUGGAUAUAUUAGUACAUGAGAGAACUUUAAGUCGAGGAGUUCCUCCUUUGUAUCCACCUCCUGAGCAGUUUUUUAACCCAAGUACUUAUAAUUUUGGUGCCACUUGUUUGUUAAACUCAGGAGUUGUUCAUAUAACUUGUACUGGCUUUCAGAAAGAGACCUUGACUUUCUUAAAGAAAUCAGGACCAUCUCUUAAUGAAUUCAUUCCUGAUGGUUAUAAUCGAUGUCUUGUGGCUGGUCUUCUGUCACCAAGACUUAUUGAUAUUCAGCCUUCCAGUUUAAGUCAGGAAGAACAGUUAGAAGCCAUUUUGUCAGCAGCAAUACAGACAAGUUCCCUGGGACUUUUGACUGGAUGUAUCAAAAGGUGGAUAACAGAAGAACAACCAAAUUCUGCUGCUAACUUGCGUUUUGUCCUUGAAUGGACGUGGAAUAAAGUGGUUCUCACAAAAGAAGAAUUUGACCGACAAUGUGCCCCAUUAUUUGAUGGUUCAUGUCGUUUCAUCGAUCCACAAACCACACAGUCUAUCCAGCAGUGUCAUCUGCUUCUUAGCAACCUUAAUACAGUCUUGAGCUGUUUUGCAACAGAGGCCCAAGAGGUCACUGAGAGAGGUCUGAUGGACUUAAGUAAUAAGUGUAUGGUUACCCAGCUCAUCUGUCAAUAUGCGCAGGUGGUUCUUUGGUUCUCUCAUUCUGGACUUUUACCAGAGAGCUUAGAUGAUGCUGUGCAGUUGUCAAGAUUAUGCUACAACUACCCUAUAAUUCAGAACUAUUACACCAGUCGUCGACAGAAGUGUGAGCGUUUGUCAAGGGGGAAGUGGAACCCUGAUUGCUUGAUGAUUGAUGGAAUGGUUUCUCAGUUAGGAGAUCGCAUAGAGAAGUUGUGGAAACGGGAUGAAGGAGGCACAGGAAAAUAUCCACCUACUAGUCUACAUGCACUACUUGACAUAUACCUACUAGACAACGUUACUGAAUCAAACAAACAUUCUGUUACUAUUUAUUUGCUGCUUGAUAUUAUGUAUUCCUUUCCAAAUAAAACGGAUACUUCAAUUGAAUCUUUUCCAACUGCCUUUGCAAUUUCUUGGGGCCAAGUUAAACUUAUUCAAGGUUUUUGGCUGCUAGAUCAUAAUGACUAUGAGAGUGCUUUGGAUCUCCUGUUUCACCCAGCUACUGCAAAACCUGCAUUAUGGCAACAUUCAAAGAUUAUUCAAGCCUUUAUGAGUCAGGGUGAGCAUAGACAAGCCCUCAGAUAUAUUCAUGCGAUGAAGCCACCAGUGUCCAGUAGUAGUGAUAUUAUCCUUCACCUCACCGUUUUGCUUUUUAAUAAGUGCAUGGUUGAGGCAUGGAGUUUACUGCGCCAACACUCUAAUAGGAUGAACAUAGAGGAGUUGCUAAAGCACACAUAUGAAGUCUCUCAGGAAAUGGGCUUAAUGGAGGAUUUAUUGAAGUUACCAUUUACCGACACUGAGCAGGAGUGUUUAGUGAAAUUUUUGCAGUCCAGUACCAGUGCUCACAAUCAUGAGUUCCUUUUAGUUCACCAUUUGCAGCGUGCCAAUUAUAUACCUGCCUUGAAGCUGAACCAAACUCUGAAGAUUAAUCUAAUGAAUGAUCGCGACCCUCAUUUGCGGGAAAGAUCAGUGGCACGAAAUUCUAUAUUAGAACAAUAUGGGAAAAUCCUUCCUAGAGUUCAGCGAAAAUUAGCUAUUGAGCGAGCUAAGCCUUACCAUCUGUCAGCAUCAUCAGUUCUUCGAGAAGUGUCUAGACCCAAACCAUUAUCAGCAGUUCCAAAGCAAGCUGUAACAGGGACUGUGUUAACAAGAUCUGCUUUCAUCAAUAAUGUGUUAUCUAAAAUUGGAGAAGUUUGGGCAAGCAAUAAACCUAAAACUAGCAUCUCACCUUACAAUAGUCCUAACAGAGAAGAACCAUCUAUAAAAUAUUCUCUCCCCGAUUCAGAAAUGCCUGAGGCUUUUAUUGGAACACCAAUUUCAAAAACAUCACAAAAAAUUUCUAGACUGCUGGAUUUUGUUGUUUGUCCUGACCCCCAGCCUUCUCAGUGUUUGGGGUUUAUUCAGCAAACCCUCCCCAAAUCUCCUUUGUACCUGUCAUCUAGUUCGUUGCCAGUGAGUCCGCAAUUAAAAAGAUCACAUCAGAACACCACAAGAGCAUCAGAAUUAGAUUUACUUGAAACCCCUCUUAUAGUUAAGAAAGCUAAAACUUUGGCCAUGUCAGUUACUUCCUCUGGAUUUGCUGAGUUCACUCCUCAAUCCAUCUUAAGGUCUGGUCUUCGAACAACACCUUUAGCAUCUCCCUCUCUAUCACCUGGAAGGUCUCUUACUCCUCCUUUUCGACUUAAAGAAACUAGAAUUUCAUUCAUGGAAGAAGGUGUGACCACAAAAUGGACGGCUGGAGUUGCUGAAGACAGCAACACAGAAGUAUUUGUUUCUACACCUUUCCAUAAAUGUGGUGUUCCAGCAGAAACCGAAUGGCUUAAAAGUAAAGACAAGACAUCUUUUUCCCUGAAUAAUCCUGAGAACGACCAUGAAGAAAUGGAUGUGAAGUCACAAGAUACACCCUCUCAGAGUUUGGAGAAAUUGGAUGUGAGCAAAGAAAACAGCAAUGCUUCAACCAGAUCAGACCAGACUACCUUGGAGUAUCAGGAUGCACCAUCACCGGAAGACUUUGAAGAUAUUAUUUUCAUAACCUCUAAGCAAGCAAGCUCUUCCACCGAACUAAUUACUAAUUUAACUGAACAAACUGAGAAGGAAGGUGAUAAAAAUGUAUUUGAAUCAGAAGUAAUUCCUCCAAAUUUGGAGAAACAAACUGGCACUUUAACAGAAACAGAAACAAAGCAUCCUUUAGUUUCAGAGGAGAUACUUUCAGAAUUAAAUCACUUAAGCCCCAUUCAAGGAAUUGAAGCUCCUCCUUGUGCACCAUUAACCCCAGAAGGGAAAAUCCUCACCUUGGAGUCCAAGAUACCUGUUUUGGAAGAAGAACUAGUAUCUGUUGAAAGCUGUACUGCCACGAUUAGAGCAGAUAAUAAAUCUACGGUUGAUGUCCAUGGUGAUAAUGGAAGCUCUGGACCUGUUAUCUCUAAAAGCCGUAUUAUCUCUGAACAUAGGCUUGACCAAGAAAUAGCAUUGACUUUAAAAGAAGAUCAUGAAAUAGAAGUUGAUGAAAGCGGUGACUUACCAGAAGAAAAAUCUCCAAUUUCUGACAGUCCUCCUGAUACUCAAGAAAUUCAUGUGAUUGAACAUGAAAAGAUUGAAGCUCAAGAUUCAGAAGAGACUAGAAAUCGUUCAUUUAAUGAAUUAUAUCCCUCAGGAACUCUUAAGCUUCAAUAUAAUUUUGAUACCAUUGAACAACAGUUUUGUGACUUGCCUGAUAAUAAAGACUCUGCUGAGUGCGACAUUGCUGAAGUAGAUGGGGAACUUUUUGUGACACAGAGCAACUUUACCUUGAUAUUGGAAGGUGAAGAAGGAGAAGUUGAGACGAGUGAUUCUGCAGCAUCUAAUGUGUUAGCUAAAGCAGCUAACACAGCAUCUGAGGAAAAACAUGUAUGCAUUGGGGAAAAUGAUAAUCCUGGACAUGUUGCAAAUUUGCCAUAUAUCAUAACUAGUGAUCAAGAGUCCCAAAAGAUAGAGACAUUACCAUAUGUGCCUGAACCAAUCAAAGUAGCUAUUGCAGAAAAUUUAUUAGAUGUAAUUAAAGAUACGAGAAGUAAAGAAAUUACUUCAGACACAAUGGGACAUUCCAUUCAUGAAAACAUACCUUUAAUAAGCCAAAAGGUAAUGUGUUCUACGAAGUUAGUUACGUCUACAUUCAAGACUGUCCCAGAGACAGAUACAAUGACUAUAAAUGUCAGCCAGGUAGAUGACAUGGUUUCCUCCAGAACUCGCACGAGAGGACGUCGUGUCCAAAACCUGAAUGUCAAAUCACAACAGGAAGAGUCCACAAAUGCUGCUACUCCUGAGAUACUAGGGCUUUCAGUUAUGAAGAAAACUAGGAAAACGAAAGAAGUUUCUGAGGUUUCCGAAAGUGCCUAUUCUGGUGUCAAAGAAAUAUCUCAGAACAAGCAAAUACCUCAAAAUUCUAUUACUCCUAGGAGAGGGAGGAGAAAAAGAGAAAUUAAUCAAGACACACUUAAAAGUAUGAACUCUACAGAACAAGAAUUACAGGUCACUCGAGGGAGGGAAUUAAGAUUAAAAUCAUCCCAGCUGUUGGCACCAGCAACUGAAGAAACUUCUUUUAGCAAAGAAGUUAAGGUUUCAUCUGUUACAAAAAGGACUCCUAAAAGAAUUAAAAAAUCUAUAGAAAAUCAGGAAACUGUUGAAAUUAUAAAUGAUCCCAAAGUUAAUAAAGUGGCAAGUCCUAGAAGAAGUAUCAGAAAAUUGAGAAGUACUGAUUUAGAAGCUUCUAAAAAUACAGGAUACAAAAAAGAUGAGAAAUCCAGUGACCAGCAACUGUCCAUUCGACAUAGUAGAAGAGUCAAAGAGAAAGAAAUUAGUGCAUCAGAUGUGAUAGAACACUCUAUGCUUGACUCAUCCCAAUUGACUCUUCAAGCAGAGUUUGAUCUGCCUGCUACACCUAGGAAACGUGGUAGACCAAGAAAAAUAAAUCCAUCUGAAAAUUCAGGACCUAAGGCUGUUGAGAGAGAUCCAAAGAAGAGAGAAACGCUCAGCAUCCAAAGGAGAUCUACAAGAAAUACCCCCGCUAAAAGUGAAAAUAUGGAUGUUGGAAACCCGGCUUUAGAAAAAUCAGUUGUAUUGCCAACUGAGGAACUUACCAUGGUGAUUAGCUCUCAGAAGAAGCUUACAAAAAGGACUGAAAAUCAAAGCCAAAAACGUUCAUUACAUUCAAUAUUAGAAGAACACAUGGAUGAAGAAAUGACACACAAAGAACCAAAUAACCAAGAAAGAUUGCUUGCCACAGCUACUUUGACUAAAUCUGCCCGUAGCACAAGGACUAGAUCUAGCAAGGCUGUUUUAUUGCCGGACAUUUCUGAACCAAAAAAUGAGCCUUUUUUGUUUUCUCCUUCUGUGUCAAAAGUUCCCAAGAAAGAGACAGCUAAAAAAAUAGAGGCUCCUGCACAACUGAAAGAAUUAGUUUCAGAUUUAUCUUCUCAAUUUGUCUUCUCGCCUCCUGCUUUGAGGACCAGGCGAAAAAACACAUCCAGUACGUCCAAGCUUGUAGAUGAACUGGAAGAUGAUCCAAAAUCAAUAGAAACUGUGGGAAAUCAAAAAGUAAAAAGAAUCAGGACUGCAAAAACAAAACAAGCAAGCAAAAACUUAGAAAAAGAAGGUUAUUGGUCACCUCCUCCAGUAGAAAUUAAGCUUAUUUCUCCUUUAGCAAGCCCAAUCGAUGGAGUAAAGAGCAAACCAAGAAAGCCUGCAGAAGUAACAGGAAAAGCUCUUGGAAGAAGCAGAAAGAAACUGUCUUCCUUUCCAAAGCAAGUUUUACGCAGAAAAAUGCUGUAGUUUUUUCAGGUUUUUAAUGUACACCUGUUUGUAAAGUCAUCAGAAUUGUGUGGAUUAUUAAGAAUCAUCUAAUUUGGAAGAAAAUAAUUUAUAUAAAUUAUUGUAAAUUUUUGUAAACAGAAGGUUUUCAAUAAGUAAAGUAACUCCAUAUGGAGUAUGAUUCUUUUAGUCACAGGCAGUUUUUUCUAUUUUAUAUUAAAACUUCAUACAUUUAUAUAAUAUGUAAAUACAACCUAUUGGAAUGUUAAAUAAAGUGUAUACUUUACAA